AUGAUGCUGUCAGCAGACAUUUUACAGUUAUCGACAAUUUGUUGUGCCAAUGAUGCAAGAAAUAUCCUGCAGAUGUUAGGUUUACCACUACCAGUUGAACUACAGAUGUUGAUGAUCCCUAGAAUUCUGCGUAAUCCCACCAACCAGAUUCGUUACUCAGAUGUCAUUUUGUAUGCAGCUUGUGCACUGGAUUCUACAGUCGUGACUUCUUUCGAGGCGAGCUCCGGACCAAGUAGAUACGACUUUUUUCUUGGAGGAGCUUGUAAUCCCACUACUUGGAGGAAAGAAGUGGCUAUUCCGAUUCUCGACCGUCUUGGCCUCACAUAUUAUAAUCCGCAGGUAGAUGACUGGUCACCUGAACUCAUGGAACUGGAAAGGAAGGCAAAAUCAGUGUCGGACAUACUAUUGUUUGUUUUUGAGAACUGGAGAACAAGAGGAUUGGUCAGUCUUUUGGAAGCGACAUACCUUGCUUCUCAAAAGAAGCCACUAGUUUUAUGCAUAUCUAAAGUCGAAUGCACCGAUCUUCCUUCAGCAGCUGGUGAAAAUAUUUCCAAAUUGGAAUAUCACUUCUUAGAAGAGGCUAUGAAUUGUUUUAUUCAAAUGAUUAAGCGUCUCAAGAUACCAUGUUUUUCAGAAGUCAAAACUGCUGUAAAUUAUGCAGUACAUAAUAGUCAUUUAAGGCUUAAAUUUGCAGAAACUAUAACAAAUAAGGACAAGGAAUUAAUGAAUAAAAUACUAUUUGUAUCUAACGUAUUUCACGAAAUAAUCCGGCAAACUCCCAAGUCAGCUGAUAAUCAGAUCGUGUAUGAGCAAGUUCAUCAAGGAUUCAAGUCAUUAAAUGUUGAUCUAACCAAUGAUAGGAGUUUUAUUACUUAUUGGGAUAAGGUUAGUCGUUUUGACUUAUUAUCUUCAUUGUAUGCUGAGCACAUACUGAAACAAAGUUCUCCAUCAUUAUUGGUUAUCUUAAAAAAAUAUCUUUCCAUUAAACUGCUGAGUAAUUGGGAUAAAUGUGAAUGCCUUGUAGGCGAACAAUUGGUGAAUUUAUCUGAAGGAACUCAGUCGUGUUCUGAAUUAAUGGAAUCUCCACUAAGCAAACAACCACUUGAUUCUUCAUCACAGCUCAACCCCUGCUUUCUUAGCAAUUCAAAUUAUGUUUCGAUUAAUUCCAAUGUUCAAACACUAUCUAUAUCUCGUUAUUCAUCAUUACCGUUACCAAAAUCAAAUAAUUAUAUGAAUUUGAGCAACAUUCAACCUUCUAAAAAUGUAAUAUUUGAUAUUUAUAUUGCUGGAAUAUUGAAUGAAAAUAAAUUCAGUCAAUGUUUACUAGAUAAUAUUAUUUUACCUAAAUUAAUUCAUUCAAAUUUAUCAUAUUAUCAAGCUGUACAAAAUAAUUUUCAUGAAUCAUUUGAUGGUAAUAAGAAUUUGUCAAAAUUUUGUGAAGAUUUAGAAACUAAACAGUUAGAAAUCCGUAAAAAUUGUCGAAGUUUAUUGUAUAUAAUUGAUAAUAGUUCUUUUCAUUUAAUUACUCUAAUGGAGGCAGCCUAUUCUAUAGGAUGUCAUUUACCUGUAGUUCUUUUCAUACAAAUGUUUAAUUCUUCUAAUGAAACACAUGUUAGUAGUUGUAAUAUUUCUCAUGAGAAAUAUGAACCUAAUUCAAUUCAACAAUUUAUAUACAAUGACUGUAAAGUACAACAAUUUUCUAUUAAUAAUUUUAUUAAUAUUAACAUGAAAAAGUGUACUAAUAACAGUGAUGUUUCAAGUGAUUUCACUGGAACAAAUUCUCUUUCCAAUGAACAAUUAUCAAUUAAAUCUAAUUCUUUGGAAUAUGGCAUUGUAAUUGAUUCACAUCAUUCUGUUCAACAUUCUACCAAUAAUUUUAAUUGUUUAAGGGAUAACAAUAAAUCUAUCAAUUCACAUCUACAUGAUAAUAUUUCUAUGAAAUCACUUUCACAACAAGCUAUUAAAGAUUAUAAUCGUGUACGUAUGUAUUUAAUUGAUUUAGCUCAAGAAUUAAAUAUCCCUGUUGCAUACGAUAUUGAAACAGCUCUUAAUUUGUGCAUCUUUAAACUAACAGCACAAGUUUAA